AUGCCACCUCGUGCUAAGAAAAAGAAGAACAUCAGCUCAACAAAUCAACACGAUGAUAAGACCAAUACGCACUCACAUGCCCAAACGAGAAGUGGUGUGGCUGCAUCAAAAGCAACCACAUCUCAACCUGUCGCUCCCACCACUGGUUACACGGAAGACGAUUACGAUCUGAAGACAGCCAAUGGCGAAAAUUUGCAACCGUCCUUACCGUGUACACGUAAAAACAUCGACCCAGCAGAACCAGAUCGCCCCCGCCCCAGACGAUCUUCUGCAGAAGUCCAGGCAGAAAAGGUUGUGGAGGAAAGGAAGAAGCUAAAGAAGAUGAAAGAAAUACAGGCAAAGGAGGACGAAUUGGAGAGGCUGAAGUCUAUGCUACGUGAACAGCAGAUAGUGAGGGAACGGAAGGCAAGAAUGAGGGCUUACGAUUUGCCACAAGUCCCUGAAGAGACGGAGAAUGAGGGAUAUGGAAGUGAAGUAAACCUGGGGGGAGAACGAGACAUCAACGCACCAUCAGACUCUGCUGAGUUUAUAGACGUCGACAAUGUCAGUGAAGAUAGCAGUAGCGAGGGAAUCGUCGAGCUAAAGCCAAAAGCAAAGGAGAAACCAGGUAGGAAUACUGGUGGUGAUGGUAGAAAGGGAAAGAAGCGGGCAGCUAGUGGGACAAAUACCAUGCAAGAAGCCCUUACCGCGUGUCAACCAAGCGGAAAAACGGGCCUCUCCAAGUGCUUCAAAGCCAGCCUUCAAGCACCAGGAGGGUGGGAGUUCGGUGGACUUGCAGACAGCGACAUUGAAGAUAUCACUCUUGGUGAAGCAGAGGGGGCUACAGUUACAAACGAAUCAGAGCUCGACGACAAUGGCAUGAUCAGUCUCAUAAACGACUAUACUACACCUGUCAAUUCACAACCAGGUUCGAAGGGCUCAUCAGCUGUAUCUUCUCGUCAACCCUCUGUUGAGUUCAACCCUCUCCCCAAGAAAGGUGCUGUACGAACAGCACAUCUCCUGACAGCUCGUGCCCAGCCUGGAUCCCAACAUUCAUCUCGUGCAGGAUCCCGGUCAGCCUCACGUACCCAUACUCCGGCCGAAUCUCGAGCUCAUUCACCAAACCCUGCUGCUCAAGGAUCUGGGGAAAAAGGAGGCCAGAGGGUCGGAACAAGUGCGAAGGAAUACCCGGAGUUUAUCAGGGGCAACUGGUCUAGUCGUGUCCUCCCAACAGCGAAGCACGCCAUGUUCGCUUCUGAUCAGCCAAUGGUCAAAUUUCGUCGAGACAAGGUCCUUCUUGAAACUGUUCAAGAUAUUGUCAACCGGACAUUCCCAGAAAUCACAUAUGUUUGCUCUCUGGAUAGAGAUGCAGUGUUUCAACAGAUAUAUAACCGGUUGAAUGAGACACCUUCUGAAAUAGGGUCGAAAGCAAUCAAGACUGUUGGCGAGUUCUUUAGUCAUCCAGAGUAUAAUGGUCAUUACAGGAGGAUUCUCGAGUACGCUACAUGGGCCAGUGAUCGGCUUGAAGAUGGUCCCGCCUUCUACGCUGAACCGUCAGCCAGUAAUAUUAAGCCCAGCGAUGGAAACUACGUGCCACCAAGGGGGCUGUUUCAAUCAUACUUUGUCAUUGAAAUGAUGAAGUUCUACAUGAGCAAAAUGGCCCAGUCAAGCAUCGAAUAUGGGCGUCCUGUUGGUCUGGUUGGUCUGGUUUGUGCAGCGAUCAAACAAGCGUUCCGGUACUAUGUCAAGUCGAAAGGCCACCCACCACUGGUUUCACUCACCAAGGAAAGCGAACGGUUCUCAGAAGUGAAUGUGGGCAAACACGUCAAGGCCUUUGUACGCUAUGUGGCCAGCCUCACCGACGAUGAAUGGGAAGACCUCAUGGUCCUGUAUGAAUACUCCCCUAAUCCCCCAUGCGACGAGGGCGGUGCCUCAAGCGACUCUGAUCAAUCUAUCAAGCUCUAUAUCCCUCAUUAG